AUGAUAGCACUUAGUAAGAAAACUCUCAAGAAACUAAAAAAACUGGGAUUUUAGAUUCAAAACUCUAAGUUAUAAAUGAAAAGUAAGAUGCAGAGACUAUUUAAGUUGACGUUCUAUCGGACAACAAUAAGAUUAAUUGGAAAGGUUCAAAAUAAAAAGAUAAUAAUUCAUCUAUAAUGGAGGAAUGUCCAUCUAGUAAGGCAAGCAAAAAAUCUGGAAUCAAUUUGGCUGACAACAAGCACAAUGUAGUUGGCCUAAGAGAUGGCAAGCUAAAAAAGCCAUAAUAGAAUAUAUAGCAACAUAGAAGAAGUAGAUCAAGCAACUAAAUAAUCUGAUAGCAGUAAUUCUUGCAUAACUAAUUUAUUCAAUUAAAUAGAUACUUAAAUAAAUAAUCAAUUACUAAUCACUCCACAUAAAAAUACUAUAUGUGCUGAAAAUAAAAUAAAUCUAAAAGGCUCUACUCCUCUUUUAUCCAGCCAUUCGAGAGAAGAUCCUACUGCAGUUUUCUUAAAGCUUUAAUAAAUAAAUGAAGAUGCAUUUUAAAAAUCUUAGAGAACUAGAACUAACAAGAACAAAUUAUUAGUUUCUGAAGAUAAAAAUUAACUUUCUUAGUAUAAAAGACAUUAGUCUUUGAAUAUAAGCAAACCUAGAAAGAGUAUUAUUUUAGAUAAUAGCGUUUUAGCAAUUUCACAUAAAAGAAAAUCUGAAGUUGUAAGUGUAAAGAGAAGUAAAUCAAUAGAUGAGUAAAGAUAAGAUCAGCAAAUGAAGGAAUUUGAGAAGGAUUGGGAGAAGAAAAAUGGAGUUAAAUUAUAUAUGUUAAAUUAUUAAAAGAGAAAGGAAAUUAAAUAAUUAUUUUUGAACUAAGAGAAAGACAAAGUAAAUAUUUUUUGA